UAAGUAGAAAUUUCAAACUAUAACUGCCAUUACACAUCAAAGCUACCUAAACAUCAAGUUCCGAAAUCUUAUAUUUUAUCAACUUCAGAUACCUGAGAUGGUCGUCGACUAUGUCUGGUCUAAGGACUCUAAAGAGCCUCGUGAUUCAAUGGCAGGGGCUUCACAGGUGCAAUCCUUGAUCCCUCCUGGCAAUAAAGCCCUCAAGUCCACUGAGGUGACAAGAGAAGUAAACGACUAUGGGUAUAAUAAUCCGGCAGCCCAAUAUCUCUACCCUCCACAGACACCCGGUCAUUCCAAUUCCAAUAUUGGGGAUAAGAAUGAAGUACUUCAACGUGGAAAACAUGCACACAGAAACGAGAUCGAGGGAAACGAGAAUAAAGUCAUGCAGGUUCAUGGGGAAUCUGUUACUCUUCGCCAAAUAUCAUAUGCAUUUGGCGCAAUAUUGUUCGGGUUGUGGCUCUCUUGGUUGUUUCACUGAUUAUUAUAUUAAGGGCAGCACAUGUCGCGAUAGGUGCCUCGGUCCUCCGAGUGUUUAGCUCUCGCGAACCCAUACCAAAGAAGUUUAUGAUAUUUUCCAUGUAUGCUCUAUAAUUAAACACUCCAGGUUCAGUUAUCAAGACUUUUCAAGUUGUCUUUUUUUUUUUUGUUCUUCCUUUGAAUAUCAACUGGUCUCGUUUAUCCAUGCCCACAU